UUGGCCCCGGGGGGCGUGGCUGGGGCGUGGCGGGUUCCCUUGGAGGAGCCAAUCCCCGCCCGUCCCGCGGUGACGUCAGAGGGGCGGUAGAAAAGGCGCGGAGGCUGGCGCCGGGAAGAAGGGAGCGGCGGCGGCGGCGGCGGCGGCGGCGGCUGUAGCUGCAGCUUCGGCUGCUGUUUCCUUUCCUCUUGGAGCGGGACGAAGGCGGUUCUGGGGCGGAUCUGGGCCGGGCCCAGGCUGGGAAGGAUGGCCAAGGAGGAUCCGCAACCGAGGAGGAGCCCUUAGGAAGAGGAGGAAGGAGAGGAAGAGGAAGAGGGAAAGGAAGCCUUUUGUCCGGUUCUGGUGCCGGUCCGGCCAGGCCAUGCUCUUCCACAGCUUGGCCGGUUCCGAGAUGCACGGAGUCAUCGACGAAAUGGACCGGAGAGGGAAAGGGGAGGCCCCUGCCAUCAGCUCCGCCAUCGACCGAGGAGAGACCGACACGGCGAUGCCUUCGCUGAGCAGUGGCGGCGGCGGCGUUGUCCCGGGGCCCCUGGGGCCGGUCUCGGUGUCCGGGGGCUCGGGCGGCGGGGAGGCGCGGGCGGCGCUGUGCGCGGGCUGCGGGGGCAAGAUCUCGGACCGCUACUACCUCCUGGCGGUGGACAAGCAGUGGCACAUGCGCUGCCUCAAGUGCUGCGAGUGCAAGCUCAACCUCGACUCCGAGCUCACCUGCUUCUCCAAGGAUGGCAGCAUCUACUGCAAGGAGGACUACUACCGGCGUUUCUCGGUGCAGCGCUGCGCCCGGUGCCACCUGGGCAUCUCGGCCUCGGAGAUGGUGAUGCGGGCGCGGGAGCUGGUCUACCACCUGAGCUGCUUCACCUGCUCGACCUGCGCCAAGGUGCUGACCACCGGGGACCACUUCGGCAUGAAGGAGCAGCUGGUCUACUGCCGGCUCCACUUCGAGGCCCUGCUCCAGGGAUGCGACUUCCCGCACCAGCCCCACGGCCAGAGCCAGCUCCACUUCGGGGAAGGGGGCCCCGGCUCCGGCAAAGGGCCCUCGCUGGGCACCGCCGCCGCCCCGCUGGGCUUGCCCUACUACAACGGCGUGGGCACCGUCCAGAAGGGCCGCCCCAGGAAGAGGAAGAGCCCCGGACCCGGAGCGGACCUGGCCGCCUACAACGCCGCUCUGAGUUGCAACGAGAACGAUGGGGACCACCUUGACCGUGACCAGCAAUACACCAGCAACCAGAAAACGAAGCGCAUGAGGACGUCGUUCAAACACCACCAAUUGCGGACAAUGAAGUCUUAUUUUGCUAUUAACCACAAUCCGGACGCCAAGGACUUGAAACAGCUUGCUCAGAAAACGGGCUUGACCAAGAGGGUGCUCCAGGUGUGGUUUCAAAACGCCCGUGCCAAAUUCCGGCGGAACCUCCUGCGCCAGGAGAACACGGGGGUGGACAAGACCUCCGACUCCACGCUCCAAGCCGGGACCCCCUCUGGCCCAGCGUCGGAGAUCUCCAACACCUCCAUGAGCCCCUCCAGCACCCCUACCACCUUGACGGACUUAACCAACCCAAGUAUGCCAUCGGUCACUUCCGUUUUGACCUCGGUGCCCGGCAGCUUAGACGUCCAUGAAUCCCGGAGCCCGCCUCAGACGACGCUGACGAAUCUUUUCUGAUGACUCUCGUUUUUUCCUUCCUUUCUUCCUUCCUUCCUUCCUUUUUUUUCUUUUUCUUUUUUAAAAAGGAAAAUUAUUCUUAGUUGAAUUCCAAGUGUAUUUUUUUGCUAGAGACUUUCUCACAUCGGGGCUAGCCGCAGCGUAGGAAAAUUCGCCGUUCUGGUCUGAGGUUCGCGGUGGAAAAAUGAACUUGGAAGAGCAACUUGCCACACAACAUUUGUGUUCAUGUACAGUUUUGUGGACCGGAGCAAGGGAAAACAGUGAUUAAUUUAAGUUGGCUAAAGCUUCUGUGAUAUUUUUCAGAGAUGGUCAUGUGCCUUAUAUACUGUUCUCCUCCCUUCAACCCAACCUUGGAUCAUGCGUGGUCCCUUCCCAUCUCCCUUGUUCCUUUCUGUAUAUUUAUGACCAGGGCAAAGAACACACACACACACACACACACACACACAACGGAGGACAAAGAAAAAGAGAAAAUGUCAAUAAGAGUUUUGUUACUUUGAAUUAGUCCUAAGCCCUUCAUUCGUUGUUCUGAUGUUUUAGAAUUAAAAAAAAAAAGGUGGGAUUAAAAAAAAAAGUCUGUUCAGCUAUCAGAAUUUGUAAAAAAAUAAAAUAAAACCCUCUAACCAGUAAUAAAACCACUUACGGAAACUACCUCCAUGUUGUUUGACCAUGAGAAGAAGACCAGAGAUGUGGAGGACAAAUUCAUUUUGUUUGCAUUGUAAUGUUCUUCUUGUGAGUCAGACUGGAAUUGAAAAUCACUUGUCCUUUAAAGUUUGCAUUUCUUCAAA